CGCCACCACACUCUCACACAGCUGAUCUCGGGCGCUACUGCAGCUUCUGUUGUUCAAGCCACACUGUGAGGAGCGGGACAGUGUACUAUUGGACAGGACGAAUGCAAGAAUAGAAGAAAGACAGCACACACAAAAAAGGGAAGGAUUUAAUUGAAGUUUCAGGACUGUAAGUGGAACAUAUGAAGCUGCAGCUGUGGAUACAAUGACUAAAGGCUUGCACAAAUUAAAGUGCAUUGAUGAGUGGAGUCUUUACUUGCAAACUUUGAAUGAAAAGAGUUGCAGCUCGAGGUCAGUGGCAGAGUGAUUUAAAGAAGAUUAAAUCAAGACUCAUUCGGGGGAAAGUUUAUGCGGAGAAAAGGCCAGCUUAACUGAAAAGAAAUCUCCAAAGGACCAUUUUUGUUGUACCUGACAGUUUCCUUCAUGUUUUCCAUUAAGGUCAGAAACAUUAUUGGUGUCUAGAGCGACCUAAACCGGAUUUACACUUGGAAACUGCAAGAUUAAAAAUCAAGCUGUCCAUUUUUUGGGCAGCUCUCACUGUUGAGAUGAUCCACAACACAUUAAAGUCCACUCCGCCAUCAGAGCACAGUCCCAGAAGAACAAUCUCGGCUGCACAAAGAAAGCUGUGGCGAUACUCGGGCUGCAGAGGUGGCAGCCAGGUGGAAAGUCACCGUCGUAGCGUGUGUGUUUUGACUGCGGACUUGAAUGCCGGAGAAAGUGGAGGAAGAGGUGGUGGCGGUGGUGGUGUGGUGCACACAAUUCACGGGCUGUGCCACCUCUGCAUUGGAUGCAGGCUGCCUCAGGUGACCAUCCUUCGAGGAAAGGAUGGAUAUGGAUUCACCAUCUGCUCGGAUUCCCCUGUGAGGGUACAGGCUGUUGAUCCAGGGGGUCCAGCAGAUCAGGCUGGUCUGCAGCAGCUGGACACUCUCCUGCAGUUAAAUGGUCAGCCAGUUGAGCAGUGGAAAUGUGUGGACUUGGCCCAUGCUAUAAGGAACAGUGCCAGUGAGAUCACAGUGGUGGUGUGGCGUACUGGCCCUUCAGCUAAACCUAACUUUGAAGGCCUCAUCCACCGGCCCUCUUACAAACCAUCCAGCUCAAACUAUGAUGCCCCCUCACCUCCUACCCGCAGGCGUGCACCAGAUGUUGGUACAAGUAAAGCCCCCCCAGCUGUGCCGCCUCUUCCAGCCCACCACCGUGCCACUGCCGCACGCCGACUAGUGGUCAAUGGCUCUGAAGCUGGAAACAAUGUCGCCAUGGGUAGGGGGACCCUCGCGUGGGGGGCUCAGGGAGGGUCAGCCGAGGAGCUGGAUGGGAAACCCCGGCUCCUUCAUCACCCUCCAACUGCCACACUGAAGGGAACCAGGGUGAAGGCAUCCAAUGGGGACAACUACAUCAUCCUGGCACCCAUCAACCCUGGAAGCCAGAUCCUGAGGCCUGUUUAUCAGGACAAUCAGGGAACAUUAGCUGGAGGUUUCAGCAGGUUAUAUCCCACACGACAGGCUUCUGCUCCACAACCCCAGAGUAGUGGCAGUGGUUUUUCUGCUGGAGUCAGCAGUGGUGGUGGAGGCCUUUCCAGUCGCACCGGCUUCCUACGUCGAUCAAACAAUUCCAAGAUGUCAAAGGGGUCGUCUACCUCUGCUAAUGCUGGUGUAUCUAACUACCAGCAACAGAAUGCCAAUUUUGCCAACUACCAGAACUGUACCAUUGUCCGCUCACAUACUCCACACGCCAACUAUGGAUAUGUUAAAGUGGCACCCAAGAUCCUUAUCUUCCCCAUCUUUGUUCAGCCUCUUGACCUGUGCAGCCGAACACUCAUCAUAUCUGAGGAGAUGAUUCUUCAUGAGAGUAAACACCACUCUCUCAAGGUCACAGUGUUCGUCUACAAUGACUUGAUGCUUGUGACAAGAGAAAGUGAGCCUGGCAGGUGUAACGUCCUCCAGAGUCCCCUGUUCCUUCGGCAUCUUCGGCUUCAGGAUGAUUAUUCCGAGGAGCUGAGAUUCUACCUUAUCCACAUGACAGAGAAGUGUGACUGCCUGCUCAGCCUAGAAGCCUAUUCAGCAGACCAGAAGCACCGUGUGUGUCAGUGCCUAAAAGACAACAUUGACAAGCAGCUACAGCUUCACAGGAGGGAGCAUCCCGUUCCGCAUUUUGAACAGAUGUUGGAGCCUAAAGUGGACGCCCCUUCCUGUGAGCUGGGUGGAGUAGGAGAUCGAGGAGGUGUAUGUCUGCACAUGCCCACGCACAGCCCAGAGGGUGAGGACAGCAGCCUCUAUCCUUCCAGCCCCUCAGAGCCCCGCACACUAGGCAGUCCUCACCCCUCGGAACCACUCACCCCUUUGGAUGACAUCUACAUGCCCCUUGGAAGUCUGGUGGGAUCUGAGGAGCGACACAAGGUCCCUCCCACACCACCUCCUUCCACGGAAGGUGAGGAUUCCAAGAGUAUAGAGGGACAUGAGAUGGACAUCUGGAAAGAAAGAAAGUAUGAGGAAGACAAGACUGAGGAAGAGGAAGAUGAAGCCAGUAGAAAGAGCACAGGAAGUGAGGGAAGGGAUAAAGAUGGAGAAGAUGAAGGAAAGAAAAAUGAAGAGGAGGUCAACUUAAACCUGAUAGUGUCAAACAUUGAUGAGGACAACAUCUCAGAGCCACCUGACACCAACGCCCCCCCUUCCUCCUCCUCCUCCUCAUUCGUCAUCCCCGAGCUGCGCCUCGAUCGCUCCUUUAGCGCUGACGCCCUCUCUUCACCCAACACUGAUGAAGAAGAAUAUGAUGAGGAUGAAGAUGAAGAGUCGGAGGACGAGGAUGAUGAAGAUGACAGCGAUGAUGCUUACCUAGAGCGAAGUGAUAGCAAACGCCGCAGCAUGGUAGAGGGCGCCACAUGUGAGAAGCACGGAGGAGGGGGGCUCAGUGUGCAAAACUCUCUCCGCCGGCGCACACACAGUGAAGGCAGCCUCCUGCAGGACCCCCGUCAAACCUGCUUCACCUCUGACAAUGCCAUCAACUGCCUGGAGGCUGGGGGGGCACACCACAAAGGAGGCUGGACGCUUCCAUCACCCAAGACCCUGAAAAAAGAGCUGACCAAGAAUGGAGGCUCCAUGCAUCAGCUGUGUAUGCUGUUCUCUGGGAGGAAGCUGAGUGCCGGAUCCCCCUGUAGCUGCGAGGUCGGCCCUGACGGAACAAAGAAGAAGAAAUCCAAGAACCUGGCCAAAGACAUGAAGAAUCGGCUGGCUUUCCUGCGGAGGAGGAAUGAGUCCCCAGGAAGCAACCCAGCCGGCAAGUUAGACAAAUCUAUGAAGUCAGUCAAGCCAACCCCAGAGGAAGCAUUGAAAUGGGGGGAUUCACUUGACAAGCUACUGACACACAAAUAUGGUCUGGCAGCCUUCAGAGCUUUCCUGCGCACAGAGUUCAGCGAGGAGAAUCUGGAAUUCUGGCUAGCAUGUGAGGAAUACAAAAAAAUCAAGUCGCAGUCCAAGAUGGCCUCAAAAGCCAAGAAGAUUUUUGCAGAAUACAUCGCUAUCCAGUCUUGUAAAGAGGUGAAUCUGGAUUCAUACACAAGAGAUCACACAAAGGACAACCUGCAGAAUGUGACACGCUCCUGCUUUGACCUAGCGCAGAGGCGGAUAUAUGGGCUGAUGGAGAAGGACUCAUACCCCCGAUUCCUGCGCUCGGAACUCUACUUGGACUUAAUCAACCAAAAAAAGGCUAGCACCACUUCCACUUCAUCUUCGUCAUAAGAUAUGAGGAAGAACAUAAGAAAGAGAUGACGAAAGAAACAAGGGGCAGACUUGAAAAAACACAAAGCGUGGGUGUGGGAUGUGAGCUUCAUUGUUUGCCUUUUUAAUUUUUAAAUGUGUGUGUGUGUUAGCGUGUAUGUUUGUGUCAUCCUACUCAUCAUGUUUUUGUUGUUUUUUUUAUUGUUGUUGUUUUGGUGUGAGAGGACGCAGCAAAGCUAUGGCACUGCAAAGGAAUGUAGUUUACACAGUUACAAGCUGGAUGAAUGGAUGGAUGUUACUAAAAUUACAGAAGCCCAUGAGAAAGGGCUGCAGCAGGAGCUGGACGCUUGUCUGAUCACUGUUUUUUUUUUUUUUUUUAUGUGUAAGUCGACAAAAGAUGCAUUAAUUUGUAUGUUUUUCCAGUUGUACUGGAGAAAAGGAGGGGUUGCACCAAAAACCCUGCAGACAUGAAGACAGUCCGGUACUGUUUUGUCACUUUUUCCCCUGUCUUUCUUUUGAGACUCCCACUUUUAAUCCCCCUCCUUUUGCUCCACCACAUUCUCCUCUGUGAAGCAACUUCAAUGCUUUUGGUACGACACAGAAGUCCCCUCUCUUUAUGUCUUUUCAUCAAACUCCAAGCUUUGAAGAUGGAAGGGUGUUUGAAUUACAACGACCAUCGUGGCUGUAUUUCUUCAUGCAUCUGUUAAACCCUACGUCCGCUCAAAGCUUCUAUACUUUCACCUCAUUCAAGACUGGAUGGCUUCAGCAGGGAUGACGACGGAAGCUGAGAUGGGCAAAGAACAUAAAUGUAUGACUUCAGAUGGACUGGAGCUGUGAUGAAACACAGAUUUGUGUCACUCACACAUUCAAAAACAUAAAUAGUCAUAUUCAAAGCCAGAGAUUGGGAAAAAAAAGAUGACUUGCUUCCUGCCUCCAAAGACAGUUUACAACAAGGAAAAAAAAAUCAAGAAGAAUCUCCUUUUACAUUGUAGCUUAUUCUGGACUAAUCAGGAAGCAUUCUCAGGACAUUGCUAUAACAGGUUGCAGCUUGGUUUAUCUUCUCCACUGUUUAUGGUUUUUUACACACCAGUUUUUCUCUCUUUUUUUUUUAAAUGCUUUAGGGUUUCAGCUUCCACUCUAAUGUUCUGCAGGACAACACACGAGAGGUUGCUCAUUUCAUAGUCAGAGGACAAAAAAAAAAAAAAAAAAAAAAAAAAAAAGCUUCUUGUGUACAAAGUAUGUGUAUUUAUUUAGAUUAUUGGCUGGAUGCUUCUACAGACACCUCCAUGUCCUUCGGAGCACUCAGCUAAAAGCUAUUACUUCACUCUUAACCACCAAACAGGUUCAGUGCUGUCCUGAACUUUAAGUGCAAUAUUUUUUUUAAUUUCUUAUUUUAUUUUAUUAUCAUGUUUGGUUUGUUCAUUUAUUUGGGUCAUUUUGAAUUUUUAAUGGGGAAGACAGAACAGCUUGAGAGCUUGAGCUGUAUUACCUUUAUUUGUUAAGAGAAAAAAUACUUAAGGCUAUAAGGUUGACUUACAACUUAAACUUUCAAGAAGCAUAAGUAGUUUAAUAAAUUUUAAGCAAGUGAUUCUAACUGUGUGUUAACCCCUGGCAGCAGGCAGCUGGGGGAUGGAGGGGAGGGUGUGGAGUUAGGGUUGUAAAUAUAAUUCUUUAAGAAAAAUAUGUGUUAACACAUUAAAAACAAACAAAAAACAAGAAGCCAAUAGGUCUCUGCUGGUAAUGAAUGUGGGACCCAGCUGUAUCUAUGUACAUAGGAGAGUCUCAAAGCUAUAAGAUGACAUGCAUUGUUUAAAAAAUAAAAAGAAAAAAAGAAAAAAAAGAGGAAAGGUGAGCAAGAGCAGUUCCAUUCUGCUCUUUUCCCUGGUCAUACACUGCUUGUAAGGAGUUUUCUGAAAUGCAUUUUAUCAUUUUCACUGUUUACAAUUCAAAAUGCAUCUCCUAUGAUAGCAAGUGAAAACAGUAGAGUACAUUUGGUGUCAUUGCUAAUGAUAAAUAAACCAACCAACUGAUGAAGAA